UCGUCGGCGGGAGGACGUGCGGCGCUGCGUUGCUCCUCCCUCCGCAGCUCCAGGUCUCGGCGGAGCCAGGGAGCUGAGCCGGCGUUUUGGCCGAGUGAAAGCAGCCGCAGCACGCCACGGAGCCUGACUAGUGAUUCUGUCGCUAUCGCUGUCGCCGCCGCCUUGCGCGCCGUGAUUCGCGACCCCAGAGUCCGACUCCUUUUGGCCUGACCCGCGCGCCCCUCGCCCGGCCCGGGCGGCGCGACGGGAGGAUGAGCGGCGGGCGGCGAAAGGAGGAGCCGCCUCAGCCGCAGCUGGCCAACGGGGCCCUCAAAGUCUCUGUCUGGAGCAAGGUGCUGCGGAGCGACGCGGCCUGGGAGGACAAGGAUGAGUUUUUAGAUGUGAUCUACUGGUUCCGACAGAUCAUUGCUGUGGUCCUAGGUGUUAUUUGGGGAGUGUUACCGUUGCGAGGUUUCUUGGGAAUAGCUGGAUUCUGCCUGAUCAAUGCAGGAGUCCUGUAUCUCUACUUCAGCAACUACCUACAGAUAGAUGAGGAAGAAUAUGGUGGCACAUGGGAGCUCACAAAAGAGGGCUUUAUGACCUCUUUUGCCUUGUUCAUGGUUAUCUGGAUCAUUUUUUACACUGCCAUCCACUAUGACUGAUGGUUACAGACCCCACCUGCUCUCUGUCCGGUCCAAAGGACCGUCAUAGUUACAGCACAGAAACAUGAUUGUAGGGACACCCCAGUCACAUGGAAACUGGAAGACCUGUGUUUCCUGGACCGAGAAUCAGUGUGUUGGGCAUCAGUGUUUUCUG